AUGGUAAACAAACUUGGCUUGCUGUCCUCGAAGGGAGCUCUGUACCUGAGCUCUGAACCUUCAGAGAGAGCGAACCUGAGGCUGGGGCUCGAGCCACAAGUUCAACCCCCUGCAACGGAACUCCAAAGAGGAAGAAAGAGAGAAGCCAGUUUUGCUCACGAGCUUACUGUGCCCUCUGUCCCUUUGCCCCAGGAGGGGGCGCUCGUUAAAUCGAGUAUUCGGCAUCCCAGUGCUCUGUCUCAGGGUAGAGACACUGAGGAUGCUCACAGCUCACGAGCUGAGUUCACUGCAGAGGUGUCGACAGCAGAGGAAUCUUGUCCAGAUGAGAAAGCUGUGGUGGAGGAGAGAGGGUCGGAGUCAUCCUCUCAUCAUGAGCUUCCUGGCACAAGCACCAGCUCCCCCACUAAAGGGAGUUCCUAUGUUGUGGAGAAGCUCCAUUCAGUAACUGAUGGAGGUAUCAAGUCCUCAGCAGAGGCGAUCUCCACACAUCCGGAGGAUAUCUUGUCCUUCCCUGCAUCUGUGGCUGAUCCACAGCCUCCAGCAGAGGUCCCAUCUUUCUCUGCUCCUUUGGCCGCUCCACAUCCUCCAGCUGUGGGCCCAUCCUUUUUUGCUCCUGUGGCCACUCCACAUCUUCCAGCAGAGGUUUCAUCCUUCUCUGCUCAUGUGGCCGCUCCAUAUCCUCCAGCAGGGGUCCCAUCUUUCUCUGCUCCUGUGGCCGCCCCACAUCCUCCAACAGAGGUCCCAUCCUUCUCUGGUCCUGUGGCCGCUCCACAUCCUCCGGCAGAUGUCCCAUCCUUCUCUGCUUCUGUGGCCGCUCCACAUCCUCCAGCAGGGGUCCCAUCCAUCUCUGCUCCUGUGGCCGCUCCACAUCCUCCAGCAGAUGUCUCAUCCUUCUCUGCUCCUGUGGCCGCUCCACAUCCUCCAGCAGUGGGCCCAUCCUUCUCUGCGCCUGUGGCCGCUCCACAUCCUCCAGCAGAGGUCGCAUCCUUCUCUGCUCCUGUGGCCGCUCCACAUCCUCCAGCAGGGGUCCCAUCUUUCUCUGCUCCUGUGGCCGCUCCACAUCCUCCAGCAGAGGUCGCAUCCUUCUCUGCUCCUGUGGCCGCUCCACAUCCACCAGCAGAUGUCCCAUCCUUCUCUGCUCCUGUGUGCGCUCCACCUCCUCCAGCAGAGGUCUCAUCCUUCUCUGCUCCUGUGGCCGCUCCACAGCCUCCAGCAGGGGUCCCAUCUUUCUCCGCUCCUGUUACUGCUCCACAGCCUCCAGCAGGGGUCCUAUGCUUCUCGUCGUCUCCUGUUACUGCUCCACAGCCUCCAGUAGGGGUCCCAUCAUUUUCUGCUCCUGUUACUCCUCCACAGCCUCCAGCAGGGGUCCUAUCCUUCUCUGCUCCUGUUACUGCUCCACAGCCUCCAGCUCUCUUUCUCUCACAGCAAAAUAAUGCAGACAGAGUCGAGGAGAUGGAGGUUCAAUACAGUUUGGUUUCUCAACAUUCAUCUCCUCGUGAUUCAUCUCCUGCCCAGCUUGCGACUCCUCAGGCCCAGACGUCAUCAUCCUCUCAGAAAAAUAGUGCAGACACAGUCGAGGAGAUGGAUGUUCAAUACAGUUAUUCAUCCCAACAUGCAUCUCCUUAUGGCAUGUCGAAUUCGGUUGUGCCUCCUCAGGCCCAGGUGUCUCAGUCCUCUCAGCAUGUAGAUGCAGUUGAGAACAUGGAGGUUGAGAGCAGUUUAUUAUCUCAACCUUCACCUCCUCACGGUCAGUCGCCUCCUCUUGCGUCUCCUCCACUGCCUCCCUCAAGGAAGCAUCAAGGCCAUUUUUCUUCAGCAGGCAAUAUUAAAGCUCAACAUUCUUCUCCUUAUGGGCUGUUGGCUCAGAUCGCGCCUACUCAGGCACAGACGCCUCCAAACUCUCCGCAAAAUAAAGCAGACACUGUGGAGAAGAUGGAGGUCGACUGUUGUUCUGUUUCUCAACAUUCAUCUAUCAGUCGGCCAAUCCAACACUCGUCUCCUCCCACUUCUCCUCCUCAGCUUACCUCUGGAAAACGUUCGCUUCCUUGUACUUUACAGCAAGCAUCUGAAGGAAGGGUGUCCAAAAAACUCAGACGUUCUACAUUGUUUUAAAAAAAAUCAUGAAGAGGAGCACCAACCUUACCUCCUCAAAACCAAACCCCCCAGCCCCAUGUGCAGCAACCAAAUAAAGAGACACUAUUUUUUUAUUAAACAUACAAUAGUGCACAAAACAACAAUUACAAAGUUUGUUUGUGAAGUAUUCAUUAUGUUCAUUUUUAUUGAUUUAUUUUUAUUUUACUGUAUACCUAAUAAGACAAAGACCCAAGUUGAGUUGAAAUCACUGGGAGAGAAACUUAACUUAGACUAAAGUUUCUUUUGUAACACUUUCAACAAGAACAAGUUCAAGCACUAAACGGUGAACUAACUUCAAGAUCUUUACAUCUUCUAACAAACUGAUUACAAAGUUUAAAGAUCUGAAGGUUCUAGAAACGUCUUCAUAAAGCUGAUGAUAUAUAAUAUAUGAGAUAAUUCUGACUACAGCAAUAACUCAAAAAACAUAACACUUAUUUUUUAUUAUCAUAAGUGGACAACUAAUGAAAACAGACACUUGAAGAGAAAAGAUCUGAAGAGAAAUGAUCUUAAGAGUUUUUAGAAUUUUCUAUUUAAUAUAUAAAUGUGAAAACAUCUGUAAGGUUUACACUGUAAGAGAAAUGUGUAUAUUAAGUGUUGACUGUUAAUGUUUGUAUAUUUUAACAGAAAUUGUCUACAGCACAUGAUUCACAUGUGUUUUUCUGUAUGUUUACUUUAUAGCAUUGCAUGCAGGGAUCUUGAUCUCUGGUCCGACAACCUUUGGUGGCCACAUAAAGGAGGUACCGUAUAAAGCAGCACAACAUUUUAUUAAACUGUUUCAGAGGUAAGUCAUUUUAUUAAAAUUUUUACUUUGUGAAGUCACUGAUUUAUUAUCAUUAUAAGUCAUUUGAAAAACAUAACAUUGAUAAACAUCAGGUGCUCUGAAUGAACUGUGAUUUUUUUAAUAAAAACAUUUAACACACAGUUUUUCUGCUCAUCUUUUUAUGCUAUUCUUGAGUACCUAUAGAGUAUAUUGUAUCCUUUAUAUCUCUGAAGGGUCUUUAGUUUUAUCAGAUUUAUAAAAGACAGAUCUGUACUGCUACGUUCCCGGAAAAAUCCGAGCUCUUGGAGCCGUACCACAGGCGGAGUGAGUCAAGAGCAAGCAACACACACAAAAUUAACUCAAUAUCUCUUAUUAUUCACUUCAUGUUCAUGUUGUUGAUAUUGUAUGCACCUACACGACAAUUGCCAGCAAACCACAGACAUUUGAUGCAGUUUUGUGUUAACAAACACACACACAUAACUCCAUUGAUUUAAACAAACUAUAUCCAUUGUUUCCAUAAUAUUUGGUUCUUUGU